GAAUGUCAGGGUUAUGCGUGGAAAUCUUCAGUGGCCUCCCGAGUGGCGCAGCGUUCUGAGGCACUGCAUCGCACUGCACUGCAUCGCUUGAGGCAUCACUGCAGACCGGGUUCGUUCCCAGGCUGUGUCACAACCAGCCGUAACCGGGCGGCGCACAAUUGGCCCAGCGUCGUCUGGGUUAGGGGAGGGUUUGGCCGGGGGGGUUUUACUUGGCUCAGCGCGCUCUAGCGACUCCUUGUGUCGGGCCGGGCGCCUGCAGGCUUAUUUCGGUCGUCAGUUGAACGGUGUUUCCUCCAACACAUUGGUGCGGCUGGCAUCUGGGUUAAGCUGGCAGGUGUUAAGGAGCAUGUUUUGGCAGGUCAUGUAUCGGAAGACUCAUGACUCGACCUUCGCCUCUCCCGAGCCCAGUGGGGAUUUGCAGCGAUGACACAAGAUCGUAAUUGGCUCUAUGAAAUUGGUGUUGAAAAAAUACAAACAAACAACUUUGAAAUCAAUGUUUUUUGGUUUGGCAUACAUAAAAAUAAAAUAAAAAAAUGAGUCAGUGCGUAAUUCCGUUACCAUGGAAUUGCCCACAAGCCUUUCCUUGACAUUGUGAUCUCUCAGGUACAAAGUUCUACAAGAUAAGGAGUUAAAAAAGGUAGUGGGGCAGAGUGAUGCUGCUAAGCGGCUUGAGCUUCAGGAGCAGAUAGAGGAUCUGAGAGCCGAACUCAACCACCUGGACUCUCAAAUCAAUGGGACUGAAGCACAGCUACUUACUGAAGAAGAGUCCAUUAACUGGAGCUGGGGAAUGGUGAAGGAGAACCAACGCCGGGAGCUGCUUUUACAGGCCUUUAAGCAGCGCUGCAUGAAGGAGCGCCACGUUCUCUCAGAGGAUACCCGCAAGAUUAGUGGACACUCCCAGGUUCUGGAACAGCUGUCUAGGAAGGCAGAGCUGGAGGUGGUGUUUGGAAAUGAAGCCUCCAAUAGCAGUGGGGACUAUCUCAACCCAACAGGAGCAGAGCCUCAGGUUCUGCGUAAUGUGAGAGAGCUGUGUGAUGAAAGACUCCUCUUCUUCCAGUCUUUACAAGAGAGUGAGCUGAAAAUGGCGCCCUCCACUGCCACACACUUGACUCGUGAACAAAGAACUGCAGUAUUUCAGCAUUGGUUAAGUGCUGUGGAGGACUUGUUGCGAUGCUAUCCUCCAAACCAAGUGCUGUCAGCCUUGCAGUACCUGGCCUUGGGACAGGAAAUUACAUUGGAGGAGAAGCUUGCCUCAUUGGAUGUGGCUCGUGAUGUUGCUGCAUUACGGUUUCGCUAUGAGAGUAAUCACCUGUUAGACAUCUCGAAAGAAGAGGAAGCGCUACCACCCGUUAAGAGUCUUUUACAGUCAGCCUGGGAGGAGGUGGAACAGAGUCUGAUGGAACUGGCUCAAACGCGUUCACAAAUUCAACAGCUGAAGACCAAGCUUCAUGCCCGAAAGAAUGAGGCAGAGUUUGAGCUGCUUGGCGGGGAAUCUCAAACCCAAGCCCUGACACAGUCAGUGUUUGAGCUGGAGAUGCAGUGUGUGAUGCAGGCAGCAGUGCGAGAUGGUGUGCGAAACCAGUGUGUUGAAAUGGAGCAACAUGCCAGGGACAAACAGGAGGCCCUUCGCAACCUGCGGAGCCAAUGGCAGAGCAUCACAGACUUCAGACAGCUUGUGGACGUCAGGCAGGAACAGACAAGAGGUCUGAUCAAGGGGAAUUCAACAGCUAAGACUGAACUGACUCGCAUGCACAAGGAGAUUGGCCAGUUUGUCCAGGGAAAACUGACUCCCCAGUUUGGUGAAGUUCUUUCAGCAGCCAAUAGGCUUCGCAACUCUGUGUCCCAGGAGGCCAGACAGUUUGGAAACGUGUCACUAGUAACACUUGAUUGCAGGCUCAUUGAAGGCGAGCAGAGAAUUCCAGCUGCGUGGUUGUCUAUCCAUCGCUUGCAUUCCUCGCACUUCCACAAUCUGUGUCAAAGCAUGGCUUUUCCAAUGUACAGGGCCCCUGAGGAACUGUACUCGCAAGCUCUAUCCCAGCAUUUGGAGCUUCGCUUUCUGCGUCGUUUGCUGCAAUUUCACUCCUCCUCUUUAGCAAAUGUAGAGAAGCAAGGAGCGCUGCUACCUGCACCUGACCAACAAGCCCUCCUGCUACGUGUCCUGGAGGAAGACAAGGAGCUGCUUCAGUCUUUGUUACCCAGGGUUUGGGAGCUCACCCAGUACUGCUCACAGGGCCUUUCUUACGGGAAUCAGGUUAAGACUGCCAUUUCCUAUUGGUGGGAUCAGCCUGCUCAGUUUGCUCUGCCUGACAUACGCAAGGGGGGACUGACUUUUCAGCAGUGGCUACAGAGGUGGAAAUUUGCAGCCAAGGCUUCUUAAUGACUUCCAUGAAAAAUAGACAAGUGCAUAGAUGGACAACAAUACUCUUCUAAAACUACAAUUUUAUUCCCACUAAGGUUAAUUUACUAUAUUUUUUGUUUUUCACAUCUCCUUUUUGCCAUUCAAUGUACACUACAUUGCCAAAAGUAUGUUGACACCCUUUCAAAUGAGUGGAUAUGGUUAUUUCAGGCACACUCGUUGUUGACAGGUGUAUGAAAUCGAGCACACAGCCAUGCAACGUCAGCACAUUAACUGAUCAUCGGGAGCUUCAUGAAAUGGGUUUCCAUGGCCGAGCAGCCGCACACAAGCCUAAGAUCACCAAGCGCAUUGCCAAGCAUCAGCUGGAGUGGUGUAAAGCUCGCCACCAUUGGACUCUGGAACAUUGGAAACACAUUCUCUGAAGUGAUGAGUCACACUUCACCAUCUGGCAGUCCGACGGAUGAAUCUGGGUUUGGCGGAUGCCAGGACAACGCCACCUUCCCGAAAGAAUGUCAUAUGUAAAGUUUGGUGUAGGAGGAAUAAUGGUCUGGGGCUGUUUUUCAUGGUUCGGACUAGGCCCCAUAGUUCCAGUGAAGGGAAAUCUUAACGUUACAGCAAACGAUUCUGUGCUUCCAACUUUGUGGCAACAGUUUGGGGAAGCCCUUUCCUGUUUCAGCAUGACAAUGCCCCUGUGCACAAUAGAAGUGCAUACAGAAGUGGUUUGUUGAGCUCGGUGUGGAAGAACUUGACUGGCCUGCACAGAGCCCUGACCUCAACUCCAUCAAACACCUUUGGGAUGAAUUUGAACGCUGACUGCGAGCCAUGCCUAAUUGGCCAACAUCAGUGCCCAAUCUAACUAAUGCUCUUGUGGCUGAAUGGAAGCAUGUCCCUGCAGCAAUGUUCCAACAUCUACUGGAAAGCAUUCCCAGAAGAGAGGAGGCUGUUAGAAAAAAGGGUGGGACCAACUCUAUUAAUGCCCAUGAUUUUGGAAUGAGAUGUUCGACGAGCAGGUGUCCACAUACUUUUCGCUGUGCCGUGUAUAUCACAAGUAAAUUGCUGUUGUCUUUAUGCCAUUAAAUCAACUUUGCCUGCACUUGAUCUUUUUCUUAAUGAUUUUGACGGUUAACCUCAAUCACAAAUGUAAUCCUAUUUGAACAAGACCGUUACGUUAGUAGUUAUCCAUAUCACCAAUACAUACACAAGUAAAUAGAGUAGAUUGUUGAAAUAAAUGAGCUUGUUAUUCCAUAAAUAGGACCACUUUGUCCAUGGUAUGGGUUUGCUCAAUUUGGAUGGUUGGAGUUGUAUGAAUACAUCUAAAAUAAAAUUGUAUUCAUCAGGUACACACAACAGGUAUAGUUUGUGCAGCGAAAUGCUUGUCUGCUACUUCCCUUAACUUCACAGUGCAAUAAAAAAAUAAAAAAAUAGAGUAUGCAUAGCUGAUAUGUACAGAAUAUAUACAGUAUAGAGUAUGAAUGUGCUAUGCCAAGUAUGACUGUAUUUACAAAUAAAGUAUCUAAUACAAAUA